AUGAAGAAGGUGUCAAGGAAGAGCCAGAAUGAGAAGUACCGGCUGAAGUACAGCCGGCUGCGCCGGGCGGCCAAGGCCAUGGUGUUCGAGAAUGCAGCCCUGUGCGAUGAGAUUGCCCGGCUGGAGGAGAAAUUCCUGCGGGCGAGAGAGGAGCGUCGAUUCCUCUUCACCAAGCUGCUGCAGCUGCAGGCACUGUCAGCCGAGGAGGAGAGCCCGGCGGUGCCAUUGGGGGGCAUCUCAGCAGGGUACGGCGUGGCACCGACACCUGGCCCAGAUGAGCCAGCGCCUGCGGGGAAGCGGCCCAAGAAGGGCAAGGAGAAUGGGCGUGCAGCCAAGCGGCGGGCAGCACCAGACAGGGGGGUGCGGCGGCUGGUGCAGCCAGUGCCGCUGGACCCCUCGGGUCGGCCUGUUUUCCCCAUCGCGCUGGGUGGGCUGACGGUCUACAGCCUGGGUGAGAUUGUGGCCGACCGGGCAGGCUUCCACGAUGAGGGAGCCAUCUACCCAGUGGGUUUCUGCAGCACACGGGUCUACGCCAGCAUGCGGCGCCCUGACCAGCGCUGCCUCUACACCUGCCAGAUCAAAGAUGGCGGAGUGGGUCCCCGCUUUGAGAUUGUGCCUGAGGAUGAGCCGGGCAGUGCCCUGGCGGGCACCACAGCUGACACCUGCCACGCCCAGCUGCUGGCGGCCAUCAGUGCUGCCCGGGGGCGGCCCUACCCUGAGCUGGAGGCAGCCGGGGCUGAUUUCUUUGGCUUCUCGCACCCAGCCGUGCACAACCUGAUCCAGAGCUGCCCCGGGGCCCGCAAGUGUGGGGCCUACCGCUGGGUGCGCUUCGAGGUGUGUCGUCCUGGGGAUGGGCAGGUGCCCCAGGGGCUGCCCGACAACUGCGCAGCCACUGACUUCCAGUCUUUCCGCCGCCGCGCCCAAGAGGAGGAGGAGCGGGACCGCGGAGGGGGCGGAGCUGGGGGGCGUGCACUGGGGCUGACCCCUGCCCAGGCCUUCACUUCCCCCUGCUCCUAUGAGGAGGUGUUCCUGAGCCGCCCUCUCGAGUCCCCCGGCCAUGGCAGCCCCGAUGGUUCUGACGACUGA